ACCAACUGGGUCAUUAAGUUAAAAAUUAUAUUUGGAGUUGUCUGAUUACUAUGAUGUGAUAUUUGCUUACGCUUAGGUGUUAUGAAGAUAGCACUGUUUGUCACUGUUGUGGCUGGAAUUGCUGGUCUUUCGUAUUUUGUGAUUCGUACUGUUUUGCAAAACACAACAGCUCGCAGCACGUCCGGUGACAGAAACAUAUUGAGAAAUUUUAUCAGAUACAUGUGGCAAAAUUUGUUGAACACUAUUAAUGGUGGUCGAAGUUUUCCUAACUUUCGAAGGAGUUUCCACUCAUUUACACGAGGCUUAUCAGCGAGUGCUUCUUCUGUCAGCUGGGAUGUUCCAAACGUAGUAGAAGCAGGAACAACCAUCACAUUUGUUGUAAAGGUGUGUAAGUGGAAUUGGAAACCAUACACUGGCAGCGAUGUGGAGAAUAUUGUGAAAGCCGUUGUGACGUCUCCUGAUGGCAAGAUUUCGACGGCUGUGAACAGUAGAGUUGCUGAAGCUACAGGAGAGAGCCACCAAGUGCGAGUGUCGUUUCCAACUAGAAAGUCUGGCGUGUACGUUGUGGCUGUCAGAGUCAGCGAAGUAGAUUUGCCUGGCAGCCCAUUCAGUAGGACAGUUACUGCAGCAAGUGUAGACAUCAGCAAGAGUGGUUUAUUGAGGACUGGUACGACUAUGGUAGUGGUGCAAGGGACAGAGCAAAGUUUGGAGGUUGAACUCAAAGAUCGCUAUGAGAAUCCUAUCGAGAAGGACAAUGACUACCAUGCCUUGCUCAUGACAGUGUUUCUGUCAGAGCCGGGUGGUGCUGAUGAUGAGGUGAUGGCUGAUUCAGUCGUUACUUGUGACUCUGGACGUCAUCGUGUAGGGAAGUACACUAUCUAUUUCAACCUGAAAGAGGAAGGAUACUUCAUGAUCACAGUUAAGCACGAUGGCAGUGUGUUGGGAAAUGGAUAUGCAUAUGUUCUAUGCAUCAGUGAUAACUUGUCUGAGGUGGUAAAGUCUAAUGUCGCCAAGAAGAGUGUGUACCUGUACUAUGAAGCUCGAUUGUCGUGGGACUCACAGGGCAAAUCAUCCAAGCUGGGCAAGAAGAAAGUCUACUGUUAUGUUACACCGAAGCAAAUUGCAGUGAAGGAAUUCUAUUGGUAUGUAAUUCCGAAGAAGCUAUUCACAUUUAGAGUACAUCCUCAAACAAAGAUUCAGUUUGGCAGUCACAGACGUGCUGAAGUUACCACUCCUGUGUCAGUUCGUAAAAGAUUUUCUUUUGGUGAUAUUGGCAAGUUUGUGUCUGGUGGUCGUAAACGAUUCGUAUCUGACAACGACAGUGGUGGUAUUUUGGGAAGUACAGAUGAUGAUAUAUUAACUCUGGAUGAUGGCCGACAGCAAGUCACACUCACACUCCUUGCAGGCAAACGCAAUGAAUGUGCAGCAACUUAUUUGGAAUACCUGUCCAAGAAUAUGGGAGGAUCCGAGACCUUUGAAGAAAAGAAACAAUUCUUUCAUGAACAACUGAAAAAGCAUCAUGCAAAGCAGGCUCGUCACAGCAAGACAGUGACAGUGAAACGAACCAAUUUACUAGCCGAAGCUAUGAAGACUGUUAAAAGUUAUGGAGUAUCAGACUGGUGUCGCAGCUGGUACAUCAUAUUUACUGACGAGGAAGGUAUGGAUUGUGGUGGUCUCAGUCGGGAAUUCUUCACUCUCAUCACUGAAAGGUUAUUUGAUGCUUCGAAUGGGUACUUUUGUCACUUCAAAGAUGACAACCAAGCUCUUGUUCAUCCCAAUCAUUUACUCGAGUCUACUAAAGUGUUUGAAUUUGCUGGUCGAGUGGUUGGCAAGUGUCUUUAUGAAACAGCAAAUGACAAUGUACGACUGGUAAAGGCCAGAUUUACUCGCUCUUUUUUGGCUCAGCUGCUUGGGCUACGAAUUAUGUAUUUGUAUUUUGAAACAGACGAUCCAGACUUGUACGUUAGUAAAAUAGAGUAUAUGAGAGACAACGAUGCCGAGGACCUCGAACUAGUAUUUGCAGAGGAAGAAUAUGAUGAAGGCGGUCAAGUUGUGAAGGUUGUCAAUCUGAAACCUGGUGGAGCACAAGUGCAGGUUACCAAUCAAAACAAGUUAGAGUACUUGGAUUUGUUAGCACAGUAUCGAUUGGUAACGAGAGUUGAAAAUCACAUAGAGGCUUUUAUCAAAGGUCUGAAUGACAUCGUGCCAAUGGAUCUGUUGAGCAUCUUUAGUGAGAACGAAUUAGAGCUGCUGAUAUGUGGUUCUACAAAGUUUAGUGCAGCAGAUCUGAAACAACAUUGUAGUUUAUCAGUAUUCUCUUUUUCAUCUCAUUUGAUCGACUGGUUUUGGCAAGCGGUGGAGAGUUUCACACAGGAAGAGCUGAGCAAGCUUCUUCAGUUUACUACCGGCAGCUCUCAGCUACCUCCAGGAGGAUUUGGGGAGCUGUCACCACAGUUUACAAUUAUUUCUUCUCCAACAAGAGAUGCACUACCCACAGCACAUACCUGCUUCAAUCAGCUGUGCUUGCCAGAGUAUCAGUCAUUUGAAAAGCUUCAUUCGUCUUUAGUACUUGCCAUUAAUGAAGGCUCUGAAGGAUUUGGUAUGGUGUAAAUAUUGACUUAUAAUUUUGUACCGCUGACAAAAUUAAUUUUUAAGUGUGGUUACGUGAUUGAUAACCACUAGAUGAUAAUUCUCAUUUGGUCAUACGGCAAACUGUAUGCUCUGGAAGCACACUGUUGUAAGUCCAAUAUACAGGCGCUACAUUUGUGAUGCAAAUAUUGAGUAUCUUGUGAAUACUGUGAUUCAUAAAGUUUUUUUAAAGAUAUCCACCUUAAGGUGUUAUGGUAUUCACCGUGCCAAAAGAUUCAUGAGAAUGGAAAGGGUGCAUUGGUGGACCAACAGACUGGUGGUUUGUCCAUUAUGACUUUGUCCAUAAAAUGUGAUGAAUGUAUGGUUAGUUCUUUAUUAUAUAUAUGAAUGGAGGGUAUGUUAGUCUGUUUAGCUUGCCAGUGAUCGUAGGAAGUGGUAGCAUGCUAUAAAUGCAUUGACUGAACCAUGUUGUGGCAUAGUGGCCAUGGCUGGAGUGUCCCCCCUCAGAGGCCAUGUUGGUAUUCGAGCAAAGAUUGAAGCAAUAGACGUUCAGGAAAAGAAAUACAGUAUCUUCACAACAGCUCAGUUGCAUGAUUAAUUUCGAUGGGUUGUAAGAAAUCUGCCAUGCUGGCAGUACUUGUAUGAUGUAAUUAAUAGGCUAGUCUGUGUCAUGA